AUUAUUGACUAUUCAAUCGUUUUUGUUAACUAAUCAUUCAAAUUACAUCAACAAAUAUGAUGAAUUUCACAUAUUCGAAAUUAGAAUUAUAAAAAUCAAUUUAAUAUUCUCAUAAAUUUAUUUAUUUCAACCAAGAAACUUGAAUUAUUUUUGUGGCGAAUUGACUCGCGGCGAAACGACGCAAGUCAAGACUAACCUAACCUCAAACUUAUUUAAGGUUGUACGCAUGAUAUUCUAAACAACAUAAAACUACCCAAAAAUGAAUAAUUUCAUAAAUAAAACACUUCUAAACUCACUUAAACGACUAUAUAAAACACCAAACAAUGCAUUAUCAUCUGCAUCAUCACUACCAGAUGUAAUUGUACAAAAUCAACAUGAAAAUGAUAUAAAAAUCUAUAAAAAACAAACUCCAUCAGUGUUAGACCCUUGUGAUGACGAAGAAGUCCAACACAUUGCACCCUAUUUAAAACCAACGUUUAAUUUCGCUGCGUACGUGAACAAAUCAGAAACUUUACAAGAAUUAGUUAAACUUGGUGUAAACCUGCAUAAACUUGAGAAAAAGACUGAUGUCCCAGAGUUUAUUUUAGGCCUCAAGUUUGAAACUGAUAUAAAAGAACAUGUUAUACUCUUGCAUGACUUGGGUUUAACUGUUGAACAAAUCGGUGUAAUACUAACAAAGAAUCCAUUUAUACUUAAAGAAUGUUUGGAUGACUUAAAAGUCAGAAUAAACUAUCUAGAAUCAAAAAAAUUCACAGCAGAAAUGAUUGUGAGGAUAAUAGCACUAAAUCCAUUCUGGUUGAGUUUCAGUACGAGAGAUAUAGACAAGAAAUUAGGCUUUUUCCAGAAGACUUUCUCGUUGACUGGAGACGAAGUAAGAUAUUUGACUGCAAAACAACCAAAACUUAUCACCUACAAUCAAAGACACAUUAAAAAAAGCAUAUUCACUCUAAAAGAGGAGAUGGGAUUCACCGACGAAGAGUACAAACGCAUUUUAUUGCAAAAACCCCGAUUAUUCAUGAACGAUCACAAGAAACUAUUAAAAACAUUCGAAUAUUUACACAACACAAUGAAAAUUUCGCUGGAAACCAUCGCGCAGAUGCCCGACGUGCUCGGCUGUCGCCUCUUCCGGCUGCAACAGCGCUUCGAAUACCUGCAGCGCCUCAACAAAGUGCAAUUUAAUCCCAAGCAGCCCGGUUACAUAUCGCCCGCACUCAUCGUCUCUGGCAGUGACUCCGAGUUCGCCUCCCAAGUGGCGCAAACGUCAAUACAAUCGUUUAACACGUUUUUACAAACAUUAUGAAUAGAAGAUUUCUUGUUGCAGGGAAUGUACUAGUUUAAAUAUAAAAUUACCAAUUGA